AUGUUGAGGUGGGCGGCCGGUGUGACGAGACUCGAUAAAGUACGUAACGAAUACAUCAGAGGAAGCUACAAGGUCGCCCCCAUCACCGACAAGAUUCAAGAAUCCCGAUUGAGAUGGUACGGACAUAUCAUGAGACGCGACAAAGACCAUGUCGUGAGGAAAGCCCUUGCACUACCAAAUAAUAAGAGAGGCAGAGGCCGCCCGCCUGCUACGUGGUGGUCCACCAUAUCAAUGGAUUUGGAACAGAGCCAGUUGAACAAACAGACAACCCAGGAUCGACCGACCUGGCGCUUAAGAACGAGGAGGGCCGACCCCAAAUAA